UAGCGAUCGGUCGCCAACGUUGGCGAAUUUUUAGAAAGCAAUAAAUGGGUCUGAUUUUGAAGUAAUGGCCCCAAUUGGUUCAUUGGUCGCGAAGGGAUUAUGGCAUUCAAGGAGAAAAUCACGAUAAAAGUUUUGAUAUUAUGUACAGUAAUUUCAAUUACUCUGGCUGCCGAAAAAUCUGCGACGAAAAAUGUAACAGUUUCUACAUCAACUUUAGUGACCGAUUUGUCCAAAGAAGAAACAGGACACUCUUCCUUCCAACUGGAACAUGGGGAAAGCCGAUCUAGAUCUAAAUCUCAUACGUAUUCGAAAGAUGGUCGUGGUUAUGGAAAUCAGAAUCCCAUUUACGAGAAAAGUGAAUAUGAAGAGCGUGCAGUUGAAUACGACAAAGAAGCGCAGAGAGGUGAUGAUUAUUACAAAACAAGUGCCGAAGACCCUUUUCGGCAUUCUCAAUUGUCACGCCCUCAAGAGGACGAUUACGAUGAUUCUUUCGAGAAUCCCUAUGGACGUGGUAAUCCUUUUGAACAGCGUAAUCCCUUUGGACAACGUGAUAGGGACCAUUCAUAUGAAGAAGUAGGAAAUGGUAAAGGUUCAUCUUUUCCCUACGGAGACAAAAAUGACAACAGAUAUAGACAUGAGGAUUACAGCAAAGAAGAAUCCUAUGAGUCAAAAGAGGAUGGUGGAUAUGGAGGUAAACCGCCUUACCUUCAGCAGGGUUUUGAGCCAUCUAGGAAGCAACAGCAGCCAGCAUAUGACCCCUUGGAUGUACCGGAUGCCGACGGGAAGUCUGGAUAUGGAGUUCAAGGAACUAAAAUUUAUCCACCCAAGCCACAAGAAGAAAGAUUAUUCUAUCCACGAACUCCAGCAGCUCAUAGAUAUUCACGAACACAGAAGCCAAAAGAGAAUGAAUAUCAGUCUGAAGAAAAAGACGAAAGUUACUAUUCUGGGAUUCCAAAGGAAGCCGGUUACAUUCCAAAUGACCAUAAAGAGCCAGAAUAUCUUCAACGUCACACAAAAGGAUCUGGUCCGAAAGUGGCUGGAUAUUUGCCGAGAACGCCUACAAAAUCUGGGUUCACCCCAGUGUUGCCAAAAGAACAAGCAUCUGUUUUUCCAGGUAACGGAAAUGUGGCCAUUUAUAUCAAACAGCUUGGACAUUCCAAAACCGAGGGUCGUUCUGGAAAUAGUAAAGGCAAAGAACGCCAUGGCUAUCUACUCCUCCCAAUCGCGCCGGAGAAAAUUGGAAAAGAGUUUCAACUAGCUAAAGUGGGAGUUUACGGAAGCAGCGAGGAAAAGGAUGCACUUCAUGAAGGCAAGAUCCCAAUUUAUGGUGAGCGAAGCCGCACUCACGGAGGCGAACUGAUCGAUGGAACUCCUAAAUAUGCAGGUGACGCUAAACCCGCGUUUCACUACGUAACAACUUACGACGAGGAAAAAGGCGAUGACAAAUUAGGAAAAUCCUUGGGAAUUAUUCAUAAUCCUUAUGGAAUUUUACAUCAGAUCAGUGGACCCUCUGCUUAUAGUGGGAAUCAUUUCGCAAAUCAAAAGGUAGCGUUUAUACCUGAAUUAGGAUCACCCGAAGUUUCUCCCUAUGCCCAAAAGGAUUCAUCUAGUUAUGAACAAGCUCAAGGUGAGAAAUUUUCACCAGUGUCACCUCUGAUCUACGGUGGUCCUCAUGGAGUCCUCCCUGGAUAUACCGGUCAAGUAAAAUAUAUACAGACUCCAGUAUACGAGAAGCAGUCCUCAUAUGGAGCUCAAGGAGAAUCUUUCUAUGAUGUUACAACGCAACAAAAGGUAGUUCCUGUUAAGGUUAAAGGAUUUCAACCAUCCAGCUACGGUAAGUUGUUACCAAUCCCAGAAUAUAGUGGUGUUGUCGACUUCAGCUCCUAUAGCGCCAAAGCUAAGAAGAAAAAUGCGGAUCCAAACCACCUGUACAGUACACAGUAUAAAAAUGUUGGAACUCGCUUGAGUACCAACUAUGAACGUUCUCAACCAAACGUUCCAUCGGUAAAGAAAACCAAAGCAUACGCUCUCAUUAUCCAAAAGCAACAGGAAGCCGAAAAUACCAACUUCAGACCUAUAGUUUACCCGAAUCACAGCAACAGAGGUUCAAGCAAGAUUUUGUUGGAUAAUUUAGGACUACAUAACUUUAGAUCAUUUAUGCCAAAAUCUGGGAAUUCAGGAACUGGAGUUGGUUAUUACAAUUUACAAACGUUACCAACGUCUUCAAGAUACUCUGCGGAGCAGGUUUCGAAAAGCAGUCCUAAAAAUCAUUAAAUCCAUAUGAAGUUAACAAGAUUUUAAUAUUUAACAUCAGAGAGUUUAAAAUAUAUAUAUUUUUAAUUUAAUAGGAUGUAUGAGUACAACUUCGGGACGUAAGAGUAUCUAUUGAAGAUCCCUGCUGUCUUGAAACUUGUCAAAAGAUUGAUUCUUGAUAUCUAUUUUACUUCGGAAUACAGCACUGUCAUUGACGAAAUUAUGGAGAAAUGAAAUAGCAUAUUCUAUUAAUCAUUUAACGAUUCUUUUAGAGUAAAAAUAGUUAAAAUAAUCUUGCUAAAUAUUUAUUGCAGAUCUAUUUAGAAAAUACCUUGGGUAAAAUAUUUUUUCGUAACUAAAUUGAGUUCUCAGCUUUAAGUUUAAUAAUUGUUGGUUUGUAUUGCCUAAAAUACAGAUAAUUUUUAGAUUUAGAAACUAACACAAAUUUGGUAUAAUUUCGCUUCUCUUUCGUGUUUGUCAAUUAGGUUCUGGAUUAUGAAAUAAAUAAUUAAAACAUGACUCAGACUAACAAAAAAAUGGUAUCUAGGUGAAUGCUUCAUGAUGUCUGCUUCCUACGACUGAUAAAAAAAAAGUCUAAAUUUUUAACAGCUUAGUAAUUAGCUUUCUUACCUCAGUUAAGAAGAAAAUCAUAGAUCCGAAACAAUCGCAAGAAUACUUAAAAAAUGUGCUAGUAAAUUCACAAAAUUUGGAAUCCGAUCAAUCAUUAAGGGAAACAAGAAAAUUAUUAUGUUAUAUUUUUUAAGUGACUAGAAAGCAAAGUCUUAAUCACUCAUAUAACUUAUUUGAUAUUAAUACUGAAGUUUUUCAUGCAAAUGAUACACCAUUUUAUCUCUGUGUUUUUAGCUUGAAAGAAAAAUGUAUGUUUGUGCUACGAUAUGUACAAAGUAAGUAAGUUUUAUUACAACGCCUAUUAGUAUUCGCUAGACCUGUGGAAAGAUAAAAAUUUCGGAGCUGUAGAGUAUUUGAGUUAUAAAAGGGACAUAAAACAUAAGACAGUCAUUAACUAUAAGAAAUUAAUGACUGAAAAUUAGAUCUGGGGGAAACAAUUACUGCGAUCUUGGGAAAAAAGUUACUUCAAUCUGUUAUCUGACACAAUUAAUUAGUUUCCAGAAGUUUCUUUUAACUCAAAAUCGCACCUUUUGAAAUCCAUGCAUGAUUUUCCAUAAAAUGUAUUCUUAUACUCUUAUUUCUUUGAAAUUAAAUUUAGAUUACUGUAUUUACACUGCAUCUAACAUAGCAUAAAUUCCUUAUAGGAAAUGCUAUAUAACCAUUUUGUUUUUUUACUUGAAUAAAAAAUAUAUAACCAGAAAUUUAAAAUAAGAAAUGAAGUUAUGUCCCACAUAGCAAAUAUAUUUCCCCAGGCAAUCCUAGAGAGGUUCACGGGAUCAUAUUACAUUCUCAGGACAUGCUGGAACAUCCCGCUAAUUUAUCAAGCAUAUUCUCUCGAAUGCUUAAUGUCGCUUCUCAAUACAUCCCCAUAAAAACCUCUUCGACGUUGUACGAGAUAUUGCAAUGGUUUAAAGAUCUACAUACCAUCUGCAGAGCCAUCCCGGAAUAGCUUCCUAAUACAUUCUGCUGCAUGCGUAAUGUCAUAUUUUAAUACCGCUAGAGCAUCCUCGAGCAAAUUCAAAAACCUAAAUCGCUAGAACUAAAAGUAAAGAACUUCAGAACACCUGAUGACGGAAGUCCUGCAGAAAAUGCAGAACAAACUUUUCUCGUGAUGUUAAAUGGCCAAACACUCAAGACAUCUGAGAAUCAACAGCUUUAGGACAUCUUCGCACAUUCCUCUAUCCCUACUCUAAUUUUGUUAUAAACUUAAACAAAACGCACUCAGUAUGUUAAAUUAUGAAGUCUUCAGGCCACCUGAAGAAUUAAGAUUCUUAGAAUAUCCUCAGUAGUCCUAUUUAAAGUCGAGGCUUUUUGACAUAAAUAGGACGUUCACUGAAUUUCUUUGCUGUGGGGAGCAUGCCAUCAGAGUAUUGUGAAAUGCAAACUUAAUUGCAAUGCUUGGAGAUUUAUGCAAAAGUUUCUAAGGGAUUAGGGAUUUCUGCCUAAUUUAGGAGACGUAUGGUUUCAUUUCACAGAACUAAAAAUGGAGAUUCAGUAUGAUUAGGUCUAGAAGUUCAUAUUGAAAGUAUAACGAAGUUUGAACUUUACUUUCUUUUAAUAAGCAAUAAUUAAAAAAGACUAGAUUAUAAUUCAGAUAAAGGAAAUAAUUAUACAAUCCAUCUGUUUAUUUUCUGGAAUUUUUAUCUUGGAGCAAUUUUAUGCAUACUGAAUAUAAACUGGAUAUUUAACGAGAUUGUAUAUAAUUGUCUAUAUAGAUUGCAUAUGAUUGCCUUUUUUUUUUCUUAAAAUUCAGUAUUGAAUAAAUUGUCAUUUUUUAUUUCAAAGAUUUCUUCCCGAAUAUAGAUCAGACUAAAUAGUUAUUGAGAUACAUCAGCUGUUCAUAUUUGCAACAUAUUUAAAUGUAAAAAAAAGAUGAAUUCAUGACUGUAUGGCUUAAAAAUUUCUCUGUUGAGGGGAGUUUACGUACUCGAAUUAUAAAAUGAAAAAAGAAAUUUUAAAAAAGUCUGUGUGCUCAACUAAACUUUGGAAAGAGUAACUUUAACCAUAUACAUAUUAGAAUUUCCUUUGAAUUAAAUGGAAAAAAUACUGUAGUAUUCCUAAUUUUAAAAGUUAUUUUAGAAUUCAAAUACAAUGCUGCUAAACUUUUAAUAUUUUCACAAAUAUUAUUGCUUUUGAACUGAUAUUUUAUGUUUUUAGAAAUUAAAAUCCUUGACUGCUUUCUGCCUACGACUAGCAUUUUCAGUUCAAGCACUGACAUAUCAAAGGUUAUUUUUUAAUUGAAAUUUUAUUAUUUCCGAAAAAAAAUAAAUCUCGAGGCAUGUUUACUGUCUAGUUUUCAUAAUUUUGAUUAAAUAUAGACUGUACAGACAAGUUUAUAUCUGAGGUGAAACUUCUUAUGAACUCUGUAAUAUAGUACACAAAUAAGCCUAAAAUGUGAUAUAAUUUUUAAGAAUUUAAAGUUACUCAGUUUUCACAACAGAUAAAGUGAAUUCAGUGCAAGAGCUGAUUUAGAAACGAGCUUAACAAGAAGUACUAUAAGCAAAUUUUAGGUUUUUAAGUGAACAAAAAAUGUGCUAAUUUCAAAUUCUUUACUAAGCCUGCUGUUUAAGAAAAUUGCAUUGAGUAGAAUCGUUAUGCUUUGUAGUGAAUUUACUAUUUAGCGGACAUAAUGGGAUUUAAAGAAUUUUUUACAGAAUCUCAGAAAUGUAAAAUAUUGUGUAUAAAAUAUGCCUUAAAGUUGAAGCAAUUCCUGUUAAGUAUUUAUAUUGACUAGUCUCUGUUUGCUGAGUUGAUAAUUUGUACAUACAUCAUUUAUUUUUUGUUAUGUUUUGUACAUUGUUUUCAGUAACCAAUAAAUAUUUUAAAAUGAA